GACGUGAAGUGACGUGACGUGGCGUAGCACCAAACCGCUAGCUUUGCCUUCACCACUGCUCCUGUAGCAUCAGUUAGUUAGCGCUAACAGCCAAAGAAGGAGGUUAGAGUCGUUACGAGGUUUGAGCGAACUGAUAAAUCUUCCUGCUGCUGCCAAAAUGAUUUCACUCACGGACUCACAGAAAAUUGGGAUGGGGCUGACGGGGUUCGGUGUGUUUUUCCUCUUCUUUGGGAUGAUGCUGUUUUUUGAUAAAGCUCUCCUUGCCAUUGGAAAUAUUCUGUUUGUCACAGGCCUUUCCUUCGUCAUCGGCCUGGAGCGAACAUUCAGAUUCUUCUUCCAGAGACACAAAGCGAAAGCCACCACCUUCUUCCUGGGAGGAGUGUUUGUGGUUCUGAUCGGCUGGCCGAUUAUUGGAGUCGUUCUGGAGAUCUAUGGGUUCUUCCUCUUAUUCAGGGGAUUCUUCCCGGUGGCAGUCGGCUUCAUCAGACGAGUUCCUGUGCUCGGCGUUUUGCUCAGCUUACCAGGGAUCAGUUCACUGGUGGAUAAGAUUGGGGAGAGCAACAAUAUGGUAUAACAGAGGGCAGUUUUUGAGGUGGAGGAGAGUUUUAGUAUUUAUCAUAGUCUCUAUUAGUGACUGUAUAUUUUGGUCGUUGCCACUCCAGAACUGUGAAUCUGAAACAUUUCCCUGCACAAAAGACACAGCUGUACCUGCAGACGUUUGACUGACUCCAUUAUGUUUUUUUCUAUCCGACUUGGACGACGCUACGAAGAGAUUUUUUUUUUUUUGUUCUUGUUUGCAUUUGAAAAGCUGGAAGCAGGUCUCCCAUUUUGUAUCAUUCCAGUCUGAUAUUUAUGGACUGAUAACUUGGGACCACUGGAUUAAUUCAGCGGAGAGUUGGGAGCUCUUCACAGCGUCCACUCCGCCAGAUCGUGUGCCUCGACCGUUGCUGAGAGCUUUUUGUUUUGAGUCCUUCCUGGAAUUUUGUACAUUUAAAAUAAAUACUGUUGAGCUAAAUGUUGAACCUGAACUGUGGAAAAGUUUGAAGAGGUUUGUUAUGGAGAUGUUUUACUGUAACUUUUGUAAGUGCAUACUUGAAAUAAAGUGUGUCUUUUAUAAA